AUGACCAGACACGGCAAAUGCGAAACGUGUAGGAAGAGAAAGGUCAAGUGCGACGAGAAAUGGCCCAUGUGUGGACCAUGCAGCAUCAAACGACGGCCUUGCCAUUAUGUGGAAUCUGUCUUCAUUCACGACCGUAGCUCGGUCGCCAAGGAUGCCACUAUUACGCCGAUUGACGCCCUCAAUGCAGUCGUCGAGAGUCGCAAGAAGGUCACAUGCACCUACCGCUUGAAGCGUCACCAAAAGGCUGAAGCUGGCCGAGGGCAGUUUCUCACGUUUGAGCCCGUAAAGUCGCAGCCACCUUCACCCGUGAACGUAGACUCCCAGGCCACCAGUGCGGUCGACCUGGGCUCCGUCUUUGGCUAUGAAGCGCUCGACCUCAAUCCCUUAGGUCCUUGGGUGAAGCUGGCACAACCAGACAGCGGCAACAGUCCCUGCCUCGAGCUCGCUUUGCGAUAUGCCCUGCAGAGCAUGAUUGCUUUUCAACAAUCGCACUCCGAGGAGAGCUUGAAGCGAGCGAGCAGAAUUGGAGUUCGAGCCCUUCGAAGCCUGCAAUCUAGCAUAGAGUCUUCCGAAGACGGAGACGACAAAUUGAGUUUAGUGGUCGCGAUAAUGCUGCAUUAUGCUGCAGAGCACUUUCUCGGAGUCGCAUCCUGGCGCUAUAUCCCACAUCUGCAGGGCGUCUGUCACCUACUCAACUCCCAUUUCCAAGAUCAACCCAACAACGCCGCCAUUCAGAGCAUUAUCGUGACGGCGAUCCAUUUCGGAGAGCCGUCCCAACUCGAAUCUAUCGCUCGCCCAUCGGUUGACCUCAGUGCACCGCCGCAAGUCGACGCCACAACGCAGAUUGUCGACGAUCUGCUCAUUCAAAUACCACGCCUAGUGUGUUAUGUUCGAGACUGCACCGAAGAUCUCGAGGGCCUGGCUGAGGUCAUCGAAUUGGUGAACCUACUCCGUUACUCAGCAGAAGAUCAAUGGGCACGAGAAGCUUUGGCAGCCAUGUCUUGGACAACGACGUCGCUCAGCAGCGAAACGAAGUCCCCAACCGGUACAGUUCUCGAGUUCGAAUCAACGCCUGCCUUCGUCUUUGCAACCCGAUACUACUCCUACCGACUGCUCAUUGGAGGCUUGCUGGUAACGUUGGCAACAAUCUCAGAUGACCAGUGCUUGCUCGCAGAGGCCGAAUACGUGGAACUAGACGCCGCGACUUCUGUCGCGGAGUGCCUCGACUACGCCUUGAAGCCUAGUCCCGCGCAAUGCCUCAUCAGCUUUGGCAUGAUACUUCCACUCGAGCUUUCUCUCGGCGCCUGGAGCAGGCUUCAGCAAAGGGAAACGAAAUCACUCUACUCUCCGGGUUCUCUCAAAUACCGGCAGGCUGUACAAAUGCAAGACUGGUGCAUCGAAAACUUGCAAGACGUGUGUCAGAGAUGGCGUGCAGGACCAAUUCCGCGGGACGGGAUGGAGACCAUGUACGGUGCCCUCGUUGGAGGACCUCUUCUGGACGGCCCGUGCAGCUACAUGAAGGUGGACCUGUAG